GUUAAUUUAUUGCUAAAUGUCAAGUUUCUGUCAUGUGAAGAAGACGUUUGAGGGGAAUCUACAGGUAGUGAGACAGGGGCGGAUCAGAGAACCAAUAAGGUUUGGAGCAAGUCAGGACUUCAAACUUGCUGUAUGUGCAUUAACAGAUGUACAAGUGAACUCCUCGGGUUUUAUAGAUGGUGCCAAAGUAAUUGAUCUACGUAGUGACACAGUGACACAGCCUAGUGAUGCAAUGAGGGAGGCUAUGGCCAGUGCUAAGUGUGGAGAUGAUGUCUACAAUGAGGACCCUACUGUCAAUGAGUUGCAGAGAAAAUGUGCAGAAAUGUUUGGAAAAGAGGCAGCAUUAUUUGUUCCAACAGGGACUAUGGGAAACCUUAUAUCAGUUAUGACCCACUGUCAAGGCAGAGGGCAAGAGCUUAUAUGUGGGGACAAAUCACAUGUGUUCUUGUAUGAGCAGGGAGGGGUAGCACAUCUUGCAGGGAUCAACCCAUGCCUUGUACCAAACCAACCAGAUGGUACUAUCAAUGUAGACCAACUCCAGGCUCAAGUGAGGGGGGUGGAUGUUCAUUACCCUGUCACUAAACUGAUAUGUUUAGAGAACACACACAAUUUCUGUGGGGGAAAGGUGUUACCAAUGGCUUACUUGGAGAAGGUUGAGAGUAUAGCCAGAGAGAAUGAUGUUAAGAUUCAUAUGGAUGGUGCAAGAGUCCUUAAUGCUGCUACAGCUCUUGACAUCCCUGUGGCUGACAUAGUGAAACAUGCUGACUCUGUGAGCAUGUGCUUUUCAAAGGGACUAGGUGCACCAGUUGGAUCUAUUAUGGCAGGGACAGAACAGUUUGUAAAUAUGGCUCUUCGUAUUCGCAAGAUGCUUGGGGGUGGCAUGCGACAGGUGGCAGUACUAGCUGCUCCAGCCCUAGUAGCAUUAGAGGAGUCAAUCCCCAAACUGGCAGAUGAUCAUAAACAUGCACGUAUCAUUGCAAGAGGUAUUAAGGAGAAGCAGGCUGGUAUAGAGAUUGACAUGGAGGGCCUGCAUACAAAUAUUCUGGUGAUGGAGUUUAUGAAUACAUCUAUCACUCCUCAACAGUUUGUUCAACGACUCUUUGAGGUUACAGAGGAAGAGAAGCGUGUAAUUGGAGGGGCCGUAUCAGUGAAACUUCUUGCCAUAGCUUCAAACAAAGCUCGCUUAGUAACACAUAGAGAUAUCACAACUGAUGAUAUUCAUUUAGUUAUGAAGAAAAUACUAUAUGUGUUAGAUGAGUUUAAAGCCAACACUUAAAAGGUUACCACUGCUCAUGGAACCAUGGCAGGCAGAGAUGGGUUGGGCUAGACCCAUAACUUGGCUCAUGGAACCAUGGCAGGCAGAGAUGGGUUGGGCUAGACCCAUAACUUGGCUCAUGGAACCAUGGCAGGCAGAGAUGGGUUGGGCAAGACCCAUAACUUGGCUCAUGGAACCAUGGCAGGCAGAGAUGGGUUGGGCUAGACCCAUAACUUGGCUCAUGGAACCAUGGCAGGCAGAGAUGGGUUGGGCUAGACCCAUAACUUGGCUCAUGGAACCAUGGCAGGCAGAGAUGGGUUGGGCUAGACCCAUAACUUGGCUCAUGGAACCAUGGCAGGCAGAGAUGGGUUGGGCUAGACCCAUAACUUUGCUAACCAUAUGGUUCUUGCUUCCCCAGGCAUGA